GGCUUUCGACAGGAAGUUUUGCCUGGGAGGAAAAUCCGGGGCGAAAACAAUCUCUCUCUGCUCUUCCGAUGCCAACUGUGUCCGGUGACAAAACACAACAUCGUUCUGCUGCUUACAGCGAUUCAAUCGAGGAAACUGGAUCCAUUCUACCCGCACAGGACGGAGUUUCCAGGGUUUCGGUGAAACUCCCCCGGCUUCUUCUCUGUCAGCCGCCGCCGCCUCCACCAUGACUGCAGCUGUGAGAGGUACUGCCAUUGUGCCUGUCCGAGGGGCCGGCGAUGGCAUGGAAACUAAAAAAACACCGGCAAUCCUGGAAGUCAACACGGAUACACUGCCAUCAGGUCCAUCUGAAGUUCCACUCUUGAAGUUGGCUAGCCCAAAACACAGCCCAAAGUCUACCCACUCUGCUGCACCACGGCCGCCGGGGGUGCUCCACCUGGGCAAGGUGAGUCGGGAGGCCUGCACAGAGGUGGAGGCUGUGAGGAUCAUCGUCCCGCGUUCUGCUAUUAGCCGCAGCAGCCGCACAGGACCUGCUGAGGGUAAAGGGGAUUCAGGGCAACAGGCGGAGGAGCAGGGAUCUCCUCCGCUGCCUCUGGUGGAGGACUGGAGAGGACAGAUGGAGAAGCUGCAGAACUCUGAACGCAGGCUGCUGCAGGACAAAGAAGGGCUUUCUAAUCAGCUCCGUGUGCAGACGGAGGUGAACCGUGAGCUAAAGAAACUCUUGGUGGCGUCGGUGGGUGAUGACCUUCAGUACCACUUUGAGCGCCUGUCACGGGAGAAGAACCAGCUGAUCCUGGAGAACGAAGCUCUAGGCCGAAUUCUGGCGCACACUGCAGAGCAGCUGGAGCGAAUGAGUAUUCAGUGUGAUGUUUGGAGGAGCAAGUUCCUGGCCAGCAGAGUCAUGGCAGAGGAGCUGACGAACGCCAGAGCGGCGCUACAGAGACAGACCAGAGAGGCACAAGGAGCAAUUCAGGAUCUGCUCCUCGAGAGAGAGGAGUUCUCCGGGGACAUGGUUCUCACUCACAGAUCUCUGGAGCAGCUCCUGGUGUCUCUGCAGUGGGGCAGACAGCAGACCUAUUACCCCAGCGCACAGCCCCUCAGCACAAGAGAGCUGGCGGCAGCCAAUCACAAACUAUCAGACGCAAUCAACUGCCACUUGCUGGGCAACACCAGAAGCAACAGCAGCAUCGGCAACAACAACAACAGCAGUGUGGUGAAGAGCGGCACUGCAACAGCCGAGGAGCUCUGCAGCACACCGGCCGAGAAGAUGGCUGAGAAGGUGCUGAAGAUUUUAGAUCCAAUUACCAGUUCAGAAAACAUGACCGAUCCUCCGCUUAGUGACUCCACCCCAUCAAACUUCCUCGGCAACAAAAAGAGCAUUGGCAGGUUUCACCCGUAUACCCGCUAUGAGAACAUCACCUUCAACUGCUGCGAGCGCUGCACGGGAGACAUCCUGGUGCUGUAGAGGUCAAGGAGCGGCCCUGUCUGAUGCCAGUGCAGCAUUGGAGCUUAUUUCAACUGGUCUGAACAGGAAGGCACUCCGGAGGAUGUUGCUGCUUUUUGGUUAGCCGAUUGAAAAGUGCAACAUCUGCGCCAGCAAACAUUUUUGCUAGUACAACGCAUUUCACUUUUUCAAAAAGUGGUUUUAAACCUGUAUCAACUUGAUGUUUUUUUGUUUGGUUUUUUUAAAGAAAAUUUAGUAAUUUUUGUUCAGAUAUCAUAUGACAGUUGCAUUUCCAGAGCCUGGUUUAAACUAUAGAAAAUAAUAUUUAUUGCUGGGUUGUGAGGUCAAGAUUGAGUCAGUGUUACAUGGUGAACAGACAGUUAAGGUGUCUGCUUAUUUAUAUUUGACCACUUGGCUUGUGUUUUUUAUGUUUUAUUGACAUAUUCUUACAUUCAUUAGUUAGUGUGCACCUCAAAUGGUAUGUCAUGCAGAAGUGAGUCUGAGGUUUUACCGGACAAGUUGUAAAUGCACAUGUGACUGUGCAAUAACAAAAAUAAUGAUUCCCAGUUACUCUAUGAUGGUGCUAUCAUGUUUCAAAAACACUGUAUUAAUGUAUUUUGUAUAUUGCAUGCUGAAAAGGCAUUAUAAUAUACAUUAAAAUGUUUUGGGAGUGUAUUAACGGUACUAGAAUUGAUUAUUAUUGUGCAACAGUAUCCUUAAUAAAAAGGUCUUCUAUUGUCAAAUAGUAGCACACGUGCGAACAGACAUUUUUUAAAGUUUGAUUUUGUUUAAAAGAAAAAUAAGAGGCAAUAUUUUUCUGAUGUAGUAUUGUUUGAUUUGUUUUCUUUGCAUCCUCAUGUUUAUUUGGGUGAUAUUUUGGUAAUUUAAUUAGAAAAACAGGACAGUUUUUUGCCUCAGAAUACAGUACUAUGAAAUGACCUAAUAUAUCGCACCGUUUUGUCACUUGUCAUAAUUCACCUGUAUGUCAAGUGAUGGACGAUAAAAAUCGCAGUGAAAGUGCAUCAUGAAAAUAUUAAUCUAUCAUUUGUACAUCAAAUCCAAAAUAAAGACCAAAGUAGUUUCUACCAUUUU